AUGGCAAAGCAGCAGGAGUCCAGCAAGUCCAACUUGGCUAACGAGGAUGAUGCCUAUGAUGCAAUCUUCGGCGGUGAGUUUGGUACUUUAGAGAUCGGGUCAUAUAUUGGUGCGAACAAAACUACCAAUACAAAGGACUAUACGGAACAUCUACCGGAUGCUGUGGAUUUUGAAGACGAAGAUGAAUUGGCUGACGACGAUGAUGAUUUAGCAGAAGAUGUGGCUACUGGUCCACAUUCAAGUAUGAUGGAUAUGGGUGUGUAUGAUAACAAUGAGAAUAGUGCUGUUAUGCGUAUGGAUUCAAAUAGUUUGAAUCUACAAUUACCUGAGAUUGGAGGAGAAGUGUCUCGAGAAUUUAUUUUGGAAGGUGACGGAAGUGUACCUGCAACAACCAAUGCGUUGUUCAUGGGGAUGGAUGCAAAUGAAAUCCAUCUUGCCACUGAAGCAGGUGUUCUUGAUGCGGGUGGUGGACAUGAAAUUGCUCAUUCUCAACUUUCUCUCAACGACGUCAAUGCUGAUAGUAUGGCAAUGAACAAUAGAUUUACCAUGGAACCUCAAGAAUUUCAGAUGUCAGAUAACAAGCACAAGAAACCCACUAAAUUGGAUUUAAUAAACCACGAAAAGUAUCUUCUAAAAAAAUACUUCCCUGAUUUUGAAAAGGGAAAGAUUUUAAAAUGGAACAGGUUGAUUUACAGAAGGUAUGCGUCAUACCAUUGGCAUCGAGAUGUGUCUAGAGUAAAGAAACCGUUCAUGCCUUUGAACUUGAAAUUCAGAGUCCAACAAGAUGACAAAAGGCUAUUCAACUCGAAGGCUACAUCAUGCCUCUCUUCUAUUUACCAAGGAAAAAACAACAUGUAUCAAGACAGCUCUUCUGCGUCACGUAGAGGUUUAAUACAUGUCUCUAUUGAUGAACUUUUUCCUGUCAAAGAGCAGCAAAAGAAACGCAAGAUCAUUCAUGAUGAAAAGACAAUAUCUGAAGACUUGUUGAUUGCUACCGAUGAUUGGGACCAAGAAAAAAUCAUCGAUCAGGAGACCAUACCAAAUAUGACACCAACGGAGCCAUCCAUAACACCUAACUUGAAUUCUCCAGGUGGUUAUAAGCUGAAGAAUCUGAUCGAAGAUGUUGCCGAGGAUUGGCACUGGGAUGAAGAUAUGAUUAUAGAUGCUAACUUGAAAGAAUCGAAAUAUGCUGAACUAAAUAUGAAUGAUGAAAAACUAUUAUUAAUGGUCGAGAACACUGAUAAUUUAGUGCAGCGAAAGCAGCAGUUAGAAAAUGAUAAUCUAAUAUUACCCAUUAAUGAAAAAACUUUACAACAAAAACUCAAUUUGUCUAAUGAUGAUAAAUAUCAAAUUUUGAAGAAAACUCAUCAAACAAAAGUUCGUUCCACUAUAUCUAAUCUGAAUAUCCAACAUUCUCAGCCCGCUAUAAAUCUGCAGUCUCCGUUCUAUAAAGUGGCUGUUCCUAGAUACCACUUAAGGCAUUUCCAUCGUGAAAACUUUGGCUCGCACAUUAGACCAGGCACCAAAAUUGUUUUCAGUAAACUGAAAGCACGUAAAAGGAAAAGGGAUAAGGGGAAAGAUGUCAAAGAAUCUUUUUCUACAUCCCAAGAUCUGACCAUUGGUGAUACCGCUCCUGUAUAUUUGAUGGAAUAUUCUGAGCAAACACCAGUUGCAUUAUCCAAGUUUGGUAUGGCUAAUAAAUUAAUUAAUUAUUAUCGGAAAGCAAAUGAACAAGAUACUUUAAGACCCAAGCUACCUGUUGGUGAAACUCAUGUUUUGGGUGUCCAAGAUAAAUCUCCAUUUUGGAAUUUUGGGUUUGUGGAGCCUGGUCAUAUUGUUCCCACCUUGUACAAUAAUAUGGUUAGAGCGCCAGUUUUCAAGCAUGAUAUUUCAGGAACGGACUUUCUUUUGAUAAGAAGUUCGGGAUUUGGUAUAAGUAAUCGAUUUUACUUACGUAAUAUAAACCACCUUUUCACGGUUGGACAAACUUUCCCUGUUGAAGAAAUUCCUGGACCCAAUUCAAGAAAAGUUACUUCGAUGAAAGCAACAAGGCUGAAAAUGAUCAUUUACAGAAUUUUGAAUCAUAACCAUAGCAAAGCUAUUUCGAUUGACCCCAUCGCGAAACAUUUCCCAGAUCAAGAUUAUGGGCAAAAUAGACAAAAAGUGAAGGAAUUCAUGAAAUAUCAAAGAGAUGGACCUGAGAAGGGGCUUUGGAGACUCAAAGACGWUGAAAAGCUAUUGGAUAAUGAGGCAGUUAAGAAUUUGAUUACACCUGAACAAAUCAGUCAAGUUGAAUCAAUGAAUCAAGGUUUACAAUUCCAAGAGGAUAACGAAUCUUAUAAUUUUGAUUCUAAACUAAAAUCUUUGGAGGAAAACUUACUAUUAUGGAACAUCACAAAAAAUUUCAUAAAUUCGACUCAGAUGCGAGCUAUGAUCCAAAUUCAUGGUGUUGGUGACCCAACUGGCUGUGGAGAAGGGUUUUCGUUUUUAAAAACGUCAAUGAAAGGUGGAUUUGUUAAAUCAGGCUCCCCCUCUGGUAACAACAACGCUUCGAACAAAAAGGGUACCAACACUCAUAGCUAUAAUGUGGCUCAACAACAACGGGCGUAUGACGAAGAAAUUGCAAAGACGUGGUAUACACACACAAAAUCGUUGAGUAUAAGUAAUCCGUUUGAAGAAAUGAACAAUCCUGACGAGAUCAACCAAACCAACAAGCAUGUAAAGACGGAGAGAGAUGACAAGAAAAUCCUGAAGAUUGUUAGGAAAAAAAGAGAUGAAAAUGGUAUUAUUCAAAGGCAGACAAUCUUCAUAAGAGAUCCUAGGGUCAUCCAAGGGUAUGUAAAAAUUAAAGAGCAAGAUAAAGAAGACGUUAACAAACUGUUAGAAGAGGAUACUUCGAAGAUAAACAAUUUGGAGGAACUAGAAAAACAAAAAAAAUUGCUGCAGUUAGAAUUAGCUAAUCUUGAGAAAUYACAACAACGUAGGACAGCUAGACAAAAUUCGAAGAAAAACAGCGGCGCAACAAAGAUGGAAGGUGCAAUGGACAAUGGCAGCGAGUUUUCCGGUGCAAUAGACGGUAAAAUAACAAAAAACAAAAGCAAAAACACAACAAGAAGAUGCGCUACCUGUGGACAAAUCGGACACAUUAGAACAAACAAGUCCUGUCCGAUGUAUAGUAGCAGAGAUGAUCCAAUUUCACCAAAGUAG